UUAAACCAGUCGUAAUAUCCACACAAGAGAGAGAUUAGUUAGUGUGAAACUUGAUUAGUUAGUGCUUAUAUCAUGGCUGAAGAAGUGAAGCUGUUGGGAGUUUGGGGAAGCGCAUUUAGUGGGAGGGUGGAAAUAGCUCUGAAGCUGAAAGGAGUGAAAUAUGAAUACGUUGAGGAGGACCUGCAGAGCAAGAGCCCUUUGCUUCUGAAAUCCAACCCAAUUCAUCAGAAGAUCCCUGUGCUUCUGCACAGUGACAGACCAAUAGCUGAGUCCCAGGUCAUUCUUGAGUACAUUGAUGAGACUUGGAAGGAAGGUUUUCCCAUUUUGCCUACAGAUCCUUAUGAAAGAGCCCAGGCACGUUUCUGGGCUAGGUUUAUUGAUGAAAAGUGCUUGCCUGCAGCAUGGAAAGCUCUCUGGGGCAGUGAGGAACCUGAGAAGGCUGUGGAAGAAGCCUGUGAGCUUCUGAAAAUACUGGAAAAUGAGCUCAAAGAUAAGAAAUUCUUCGGGGGAGAGACGGUUGGACUUGUGGACAUUGUUGCCAACUUCAUAGCCUACUGGCUUGGAGCCAUUCAAGAAGUUGUGGGAGUGGAGCUGUUGACCAAAGAGAAGCUUCCCGAUCUGUACGAUUGGAGUGAUGAGUUUUGCAGUGUUUUUCAUGAAAGUCUGCCUCCAAGAGAUAAACUAGUUGCUUUCUUCCGUCGUCGCCUUCAGAGCACCACCACCGCUACUUCCAACUAAAUGGUUCAUAUCAUAAGAUGGUCUCCUGAGGCAUUUCGUGGUUCAUGAUAUUUUAUAAGAUUUCGUGGUUCAUGAUAUUUUAUAAGAAUAAAAUCAGGAUUGUACUUGUGGCUC